AUGGCUGUAGUCGUUGAUCAUCCUCAUGGAUUUAAGUCACUUGCCCAACUCCCAAAAUGCCGACUCCAAUCUUACUCUCAUUUCGAUACCACCAUGCACGAGCUCACCCAUAACAUCACCACCACACAUACCUCCAAUCUCACUGCAAAUUUUCACAAAAGCUAUUCUACACCAUGUCUUUCUUUAGCCACUCAAGCAAAAGAAGAGUUUGAAUCACCUAACCCAAGAAUUGAAAUCAUUAGUGGUCGUAAGGCUCCAAGGGUUCAUGCUCUAGUAGCCGAGGUUGCCAUUGCAUUAGCAUCUGGGGUCAAACCCACACCAGUACCAAGUGGCCUUGGCGGCGCCUACUAUUUGCAAUCAAGAAAAGGAAAUACCAUUGCAGUUGUCAAGCCAGCUGAUGAAGAACCACUAGCAUUCAACAAUCCAAAAGGGUUUGCAGGAAGAAUGCUAGGCCAGCCCGGGAUGAAACGAUCCAUCCGGGUAGGUGAAACUGGGCUUAGAGAACUAGCUGCUUAUUUGCUUGACCAUGGUGGCUUUGCAGGUGUUCCUCCAUCAGCACUUGUCAAAAUAUGUAAUGUCCCGUUUAAUGUAAACAACACAGGAUUGGCUUCAAACCCACCUUUUAAAAUCACGUCAAUACAACGAUAUGUAGAACAUGAUACAGAUGCAGGAGAUUUGGGCCCCUCUGGCUUUUCAGUUAGUUCUGUUCACCGUAUUGGCAUACUUGACAUUAGGGUCCUUAAUCUUGACAGACAUGCUGGAAACAUGCUUGUGAAGAACUUUCAUGGGAGCUAUGUCGCUGGGAUGGCUGAACUCAUCCCAAUUGACCACGGGUUUUGUUUACCCGAGUCAUUAGAUGAUCCAUAUUUUGAAUGGUUGCAUUGGCCCCAAGCCUUAAUUCCAUUCUCAGAAACAGAAGUUGAUUAUAUCUCAAAUCUUGAUCCUUUUAAAGAUGCUGAACUUCUUAGAACUGAACUUCCGUCAAUUAGGGAGUGCUCUGUACGUGUUUUCAUACUUUGUACCAUUUUCUUGAAACGGGCAACUGCUGCUGGACUUUCUCUUGCUGAUAUGGGUGAUAUGAUGACACGGGAGUUCAUUGGGGGUGAAGAAAGUUGGAGUAUUUUGGAAAAUAUAUGUAAAAACGCAAAGGCUAACUUAGACAUGGAAAUAACAACUGAUGAAACAGAUGAAGUCAAAGAAUUCGAGGAAAUGUUUACAUUUGACAAGGAGUUUGAAGAUAGUUUCAACUCAAAAGGGGAUGCUUCAACACAUCCGGCAACUGACAAACCAUUAAAAAUGUUUAAAAAUUCAUCAGAAGGAGAAAGGAGUAAGUUAAGUGAUCCGCGUCUAGCCAGACUAUUACAAGAGAGUGAUUCAAAAGAUGGUUGUGGCCCAGCCGGGAUACCAAUACUCAGAAGUGUGAGUUUUGCCGCUCAUAACAACAAUCAUGAUGCCGGGGUGUGUGUUUCGUUUGAGGAAAUGAAGGAAGAAGAAUGGUCGUCGUUCUUGGAAUAUUUUGAGGAGCUUUUACCAGAGGCUUUCGAAGAGAAAAAGAGUAUGAGCUUGUUGAAACAGAGGUUAGGAAAUUCUUGUGAAUUCUGAAGAGAACGUUGAUUUCGUGAACAAAAAGCAGGUACUAAUUGAUU